GGCGGGAUUUGUAUUGUCGUUUGUUCCGGGAUCACAAUGCAGCUCCGGGGAGCUAAACAUCUUUUACAUAUAACUUUAUAUUUUUAAAUUAAUAUUAUUUUUUUGUGGAUAACAUUUGAGCUGAAAAGUGCCACAAUGGGGUUACUAACAAUUUUGAAGAAGAUGAAGCAGAAGGAACGCGAGAUGAGGCUGCUCAUGUUGGGUUUGGAUAACGCGGGGAAGACCACCAUCCUGAAGAAGUUCAACGGAGAGGACGUCACCACUAUCUCUCCUACACUGGGCUUCAACAUCAAAACACUGGAGCACAGAGGAUUCAAAUUGAAUAUCUGGGAUGUAGGUGGUCAGAAAUCGCUGCGCUCUUACUGGAGGAACUACUUUGAGAGCACAGAUGGGCUGGUGUGGGUGGUCGACAGCGCAGACAGACUCAGACUGGAGGACUGCAAGCAGGAGCUCAGUGUACUGCUGCUGGAGGAGAGGUUAGCAGGGGCAACGCUGCUGGUGUUUGCAAACAAGCAGGACUUACCAGGAGCUUUGUCCUCAGAAGCAAUAAGAGAGGCUUUGUCUCUGGAUAAGAUCAAAAGUCAUCACUGGUGUAUCAUUGGUUGCAGCGCAGUAACAGGAGAAAACCUGUUAACUGGAGUGGACUGGCUUGUAGACGAUAUCGCUGCAAGAAUCUUCACCACAGACUGAGUUUGGCUUCAGUCAACAACCGCUACCUGUCUGAUGUCAGCUCUAACUUUGUUCUGAUAUGUGCCAUACAGGCUUCCAUCUUUUUCUCUCCAAUAUUUAAUAAAGAGCAUCGUGCUGCUAACAUCUGGGCAUAUAUAUUGUCUUCAAGUACACUCAACAUGAUUAACCUCAGAUAACCCAGUAGUAGUUUGCUAUGAUUUGUUAUAUUGCACUAAGUGCAGUUCAAAUUCCCCAAAACUUUCUUCAGUAUUGAUGAACACAAAAUAUAAAUGUACACAAAGAUUUUUUUAUUGGUUCAGUAGUUUCUCCUGGUUCUAAUAUGUUAUUAAAUGAAUUACUAAAUGCU